CCCGCCUCGGCAUUACCUUGCGCUGUGUCUUUACUAAUAAGUAAUGUUCUCAUCAUGAGGAGUUCGAGCUCUUUCAGCACUGAAAUGUUCAUUACGUAUCUUCUAUUUCUACUUUUCACUUAUUCUUCUUCCUUUAGCAUUGGCUCUACGAGUGAUAAACGAAUUGUGAAUAAACGUCAAGCAAAUGGGGAUUUGUUUCCGGAUUGGGUUCCGUUCAAGAAUAAACAUGGCGCAGAAUUGGGUGAGUUUGUUGACGUUGUAAAGAAAAAACCCAAAAAGAGAUUGGCGUUACCAUCCAAUUUUGUGCUGAAACCCCAAGGAGAUCAAGAAGUGGAUGACUACCACGAAAAAGAAGAGGGUGGAAGUGACGAUUAUUUUGAUAAAAAAGAAUGGGUCGCUACUGGGACCACUGACCCUCAUAUAGUACAUAGUGCAGCUACUAAAUCUGAAAAGGAUAAAACGGAUCCUGCGAAACUGGCAGAUAUCGAGGGAUUAGUAAAUAUUAUAACUAAACAGGAAGUGAACCCCGCACAAGUUGAAGAUAAAAUAAACUUUGAAAGUGUAGAAGAUAUAAGUAGUGAAAACAAAAAGGACAGCGAAGAGUUGAAAGAACUAGACGAGGUGAAGGGUGAAAAACAUGAUGUUUCAAGUGAAAGCAAAGCGGCAAACACGGAUACAAAAAAGGACGAUGACUAUGAUUAUGAAGAUAAAGACAAAACGAGCAAAGAAAAAUUGGAUCAAAGUGAAUCCGAGGCAAAGAAAGCAAAAAUUUUAGACAGCGUCGAUGAAUUAAAAGAACGCCACGAGGAAGAACAAAGACAAAUAUCUGAAAAAAUCAAAGAGGAAGAGUUAUUUAAGGACGAACAAGAAAGGAACUUGGAACGAUUUCCACGAAGGGAAUACGACAAAUACGACCUAAAAGAGCCCGAAUGGAGAAAGGGAAGUUCCGAGUACGACGAAUAUGACGAAAAAAUGUUAGAUGUUAGAGAUAAGUACAAAAUUGUCGCAAAGAAAUCUGUUGUAACGACUCCAAAGCCUAAAGCAGCGGAACAUCCGCCGCCGAGUAAUAAACUCUCAUUGUUUUCUAACCCUAAUGCGUUCUUGAUAAGAGAUUACGAGGAGAGCGAAGAGAAACCGACCACAGGUAAACCUAAACGGAAUAAAAAUGCCAAAGAUGAGACAUCACAAAAAUUCUCAUCGAAAUACCUUGAAGCAGAUCCGAAAGAUAAAGGUCGUGUCAGAAUAUCAUUAGUGCCAGAGGAGAAAGAUUCAAAGGAGGGUGAGCCAACUUUGUUCUUCCCGAAAAAGAGAUUGGGCCGCCGGUUUCAGGAUGACAUAACACCUGAGACGACGCAUACUGAGGUUCACACGACUCCACAUAUAACGACUACAACUCCUACGACGAUAACAACUCUAGUUGCAGAAACAACUGCUUUGGAAAUUGACACCACCGCAGCUGAUUCCAUACCGUCGGCUGCGGAUACCGCCCACAGCGCCUCCGUGGUGUCCGAAAGCACUAACACGAUCACUGACCCCGUCUCAUCAGCUACAGACGCGAAAGAAAAGAAACAACCUGAAAACUACGAAUUCGAAAGAGGUAACGGCAGGGAACAUCACUCUUCGCAUGAAGAGGAACACGAAGAGCAUGGGAAAAAGGCAUACGAGGGGAAACACGAAGAUACAAAGACGAAAAAGGGCCACCACGACCGCGAGAACCAUAUCGGCAAAUACGACGACCACGGCGGCAUCGAUAAGGACCACCACGACGAAUCUCAACACUACGGCCAUCACCACCACGAAGAGCACGGCAAGAAGCACGCCAAGUACGAAGAAUCCGGGAAGCACUCAAAAGGGCACAGCACAAAAGGCAGCCACGAUAUCCACAAGAAAGAGGAAUAUGAAAAGAACGUUGAAUUCUUCGAAGAGGAAGGCGACUUCGAUGAAGAAGAGAGCCAUGGCGGCCAUCACGACGAGAAGAGCCACGCGGAGGGUGGGCUCUUCAAAAAAGAAAACCUCGAAAGUGGGCACGAAGGUAACACCAAGGGUGACACGGGCCACUACAGCAAAGGCGGAUUUGGGCAUUACAACAAGGGCCACAAAUCAUCAGGUGGACAUGACGGCCACGAGCGUCAUGGAAGAGAGAACCAUCAUACCAAAGGUAAGGAAGCCGGUAAGAAGUGGAUCUACCAGCACGGAGCGCCCGCGCGCGCCGCCGCCCUCGCCACGCACACUGGACACUUCCCCGCGCGGCUUCUCUGACAGGGAAGUACCGCAGCAGGAUUACCUCCGGAAACACAUACGUGCGGUCGCGAAACAUCUCAACUUAGUAUUCCUAGUGUAACG